UAUACGAAUUGUAGUCAGUCGCAAGAGCCGGAAGAAAUAGCAAAUAUUUUUUAUUACAUUUAAAUUGGAGCCAGGAGACAAACGAAAAGCACCAUGAGUAAAUAAACACGAAAGGGUAGAAGAGCGUUGUAUAGAAAGAAAAAGACACAACAAAGUUCAUGCAUUGGCUACCAUCUAUGUCACCUAUGCGACUGUGGCCUUAAAACAACCAUUAAUCUAGAAGAAGUCAAGGGUAAACAACCUCACAGAAGUAAGUGUAAAAGGGGUAAGAGCCAAAGACCGAUAUGAAAGAAACAAAAUUGGUUUUAAUGUUGGCUCAGUCACUGAUAGGUACAGGCUUCUUUUUCCUGUAUGUCCAUCAUGUUCGAUAUUUAUUCGAGAAUCGCACCAACAUGGCCCACUUAACGCAAUUAGAAAGGGAGUCCCUGUUUCGCCGUGAGGACGCCCUGUACCAUAGCUUUUAUAAGACGCUAACAGAAGCUCCAGAUUUCUGGACCGGCUGCAUGCAGUUAAUGAACGUCACCACCAUCGAAUAUCCGCAUAGUGUCAAUGUCUUGAGCAGAUUUCAUGUGCUGCCUGAGAUAACAAUAGGAUUUCUUUAUCAUUUGUUACGUUCUCACAGCAGAUUGGGACUUUUAUCUUUAUUGAGCUGUUGGCGCUCCGAUGACAUACGCCUGACACUCGAGCACGGACGAUGUGAAGGACAGGCUUUGCAAUUCUACUUUGAAUGCGUGUGGCUGUUGGGCGGCAUCACCGUCCUCAUCAUUUACAUGUAUGGCCUGCUGCUUAGCCGCAAUAUAUUCGGUGGCAUUUAUGCUGUUGUGUCCUACAUAAUGUUUCAUAGCUUCGCCUCAAAAAUCUACGAGAGGCCAAUGGCCCGAGAAAAUUUUGCAUUUCCCGCCAUAUUUGUGCAAAUGUUCUAUUUGUGCAUUUGUAUUCACCGUGUAACCGAGACAAAGAAGUACAAGAUGUCAGCUUUGACGUUGCUGAAGCUCGUAUAUUUGACCACAGUGGCUCUUUUGUGCUGGCAGUUCUCUGCGAUAAUAUUUGCCAGCCAAAUACUGAUACUGAUGUUGCCAUGGUCCAUAAGCGAUGUGCCAAAUAGGGUGGUGGGCUUCUUCACCACGGACUAUGUGCUAUCUCAACUGAUGGCCAAUUUCCUGGCCUACUAUUAUUCAUUCGGCAAUCGUAGAUAUCUUUUCGGCUGGCAAUUGGGUCCGCUUGUCGGUCUAUCACUUAUCACUGCAGUAAGAAUUUUGAAAAAACCAUCAACGCGGCCAAAAGAAGCUGGUGUUGGUGCCGAUUCCUCAUUUUCGUCGACAAGUGGGAUAACAGAAAACACAGCGGAAUUCCUGUUUAAAACCAUACCUCUGGGCAUACUUAUAUCCAUAUGCUCUCAGGGCACCAUAAUAGAUAUGCUAGAAAUGUCCGGCUUAGCUAGGCCAAUGGAAAACACUUAUGCUUUGUAUCGUGAUCUCAUCAUACAUUGGGUGCUACAGGCUAAAGUUAAUUUCGUAACCAGUCUGGCUGCUUGCAAUCCUGACUAUGAACGUAUGCAGUGGUACGAAUUGUGGGGUUUUAUUAAAAACCUGGUGGUUAAACCCUACUGUCUAUACGGUGUAGUGAUCAUGGCCAGGUUCUUUCGCAAGUGGCGCAAGUCCACUGAAAUGAAGGAGCCUAACACGGAAGGCAUUGAAAGGGCAAAAAAUUAUGUAUUAGAAGAUUUUCUUGAAGAGAAUCACAUAAGCAUGUCAGAUAUGUCGAAAAAAGAGACCGAAUCGAGUCUUAAUGACUGUUUCGAUCUAUUGGCCAAAUGUAACUACGAUUACGAGCGUUAUAAGAAGGAAAAGACUAAGCAUAAAAAAGACAAACCCAAUGAACAUUUGGAUUUUCUAAAUGACAUUAAAAAGCUCAAAGAACAAAUUCAUGAACAACGUGAACAGCAACAUGAGGACAACACUCAAGAGCGUGCAAAAUGUGAAAAAGGAGAUGAUGAAGCUCCUCAAACUAAUAAAAGACGUGAUGAUCAUGAUGACGAUGAUGAUGAUGAUGUUAAAACAAUGAACGAAGAUAAUAUAAACUCGCCUGCCUCGCCCGACAUCACAAAUUCAGACUCACGAGAGACAAAUAAACCGUCCUUAAACGGUAAAAGACCGUCAUCUUCCAAUGCAACUACAGGAAAUUCUGCACGACCUGCUUCGGCGAGAGACGUUUACGAGUCGCCGGACAUUGAUUGUGACGAUGAUGAGAAUACGUGCAACUAUCGCAGUUUCCAUUAUCUCUACAGUUUCCUACAAAUGGCGGUAUUUACAUUCAUGGGUCUCAGCAUAAGGAAACUAUUUUUCCUUUGCUUUACACAAGGUUGUGUUCUUGGUUCUACAAUAUGUUCCUCCUUUAUGUCUAAUAAGAAUCGUCGAAUAUUUUGGACUGCCUAUUUGUUGGUCUUCUUGACGAGCGUUGUCAAUCCUGGAAUAAAGAAUAUUCAAGAAGAAUAUUUUCCCUCUACAAAUCAUAAAUUGGGACAUGAUGAUUUGGAUACAAUGUUGGAAUGGAUAAAAAUGAAUACCGAAAAAGAUGCGGUAUUCGCAGGUCCCAUUGAUAUAAUUGGUACAGUGCAUUUAUCAACAAGAAGACCAAUUGUUAACCACGCCCAUUUGGAAAUGAAACAAAUAAGCGAACGUACCGAACAUGUAUAUAGUAUUUUUAGUCGCCAGCAAUCCUCAGAUAUUUAUAAUCAAUGUUCCCAAUUGAAAAUACAGUAUUUGAUUAUAACAGUGAAUGAUUGUGAAAAUCACAUAAGUGAUGAAUGUGAUUUACUUUCUAUAUGGGAUGAUGUACAGCCCGCUUAUCGUAAAUAUCCUCAAUUUUGUUCUGAAUUAGCAAUUAAGAAUAUACCGAGCUUUUUAAAAGUAUUUACCAACGACUAUUAUGCCAUUAUUAAAAUGUUUUCACAAAGUGUACAAAUCAAUUUGAAAUACAAUAAAAUGCCGGAAAAGCAAAUGUAAACAUCCUGUGCUAUAUAUACAAUGUGUAUACGGUAUAUAUAUACAUACAUACAAUAAGUACAUACAUACAUACUUUAAGUACAUACAUAUAUCAAUGUAUUUAUGCCAACUUAGAGAAAAAAAAAGACAAACUCCAUCAUAUAGAAAACCAUACAAUUAUUUGACUAACUUUUUAAAUGCGCCUUCCCAAUUUAAAAGAUGCCACUUUUCAAAAUUUCAAAAUUUCUACUUCAAUUCUUCUAAAAAAUCGCAUAAUUAAAUUUCACGAAAUUUCUAUAAAAAUUUUUUCAAAAUUUUCUAUAGGGACGAAACCUUCUACAGAAACGAAGUUUUUACAAAAUUUCUUAUGAAAACGAAAAUUUGACAAAAUUUCGUUUGGUAAUUACAUUUUGAUACAGUUUCCAAUCGGAUAUUGUCCGGCUGCAAACCGUAGGGUUCUCUGUUUCUUUAACAAAUAUAAAAACAAAAACCUUAUUUUUAUAACAAAUAGUGAAAAAUUCUUUGAAAACUGUUACAUUUGUGGUACUAAGUUCUUCAAUGAGUGGAAAUUGGACAUUCACUAUAAAGGAGUGAACGGAAGGUUUUUUUUUAUGUUGAGCCAAUAUGAUAAAAACAAGGAAUUUUCAAUGAUCGGAGAUUUUCUUUGCAAAUGCAAAAGGAAAGCCAGAAAUUGCAACACACACCAACUAUUGGGUUGCCCAAAAAGUAAUUGCGGAUUUUUCAUAUAGUCGGCGUUGACAAAUUUUUUCACAGCUUGUGACUCUGUAAAUGCAUUCUUUCUUCUGUCAGUAAUCAGAUGUUACUUUUAGCUUGCUUUAGAAAAAAAGUGUAAAAAAGUAUAUUUGAUUAAAGUUCAUUCUAAGUUUUAUUAAAAAUGCAUUUACUUUCUUUUAAAAAAUCCGCAAUUACUUUUUGGGCAACCCAAUACUAUGGGACGCGUUCCGUCAUUUGGUUAGAAUAGCUCAUCGGCCGUAUUAGGUGUUAAGGCUUCAAGGGCCGCACGUAUGUUGUACUUAUACCCAUUUUUUCGCCUCUCUGAUAUAAUUCCACAUAUACCACGCUCGACAACCCUGUAUGUUAGCUGUACUUUUCCCAAUGCAUGUGUUUUUGUGUAAUGACAGAUUUUUUGUCCAUUCAAUUACACUUCUCCCAUGGCAUACACAUGAUUCUGUGCAUUUCUGCCAAAAGAAGACAUCCAUCUAUUACAACAAAACUUACUCUUCAGCAAUCGAUGCUUGUGUAUCGUUUUUUUUGUAAUAGUUAGAUGUCUUGUUUUGGCAGAAAUGUAUGAAGUGGAGUUUGUUUUCUUACUUGCUGCGCCACAAAAAGUAAACACUAUUUACUUAUUUUCAACGUAGAAGAUAUGUCUUUUUUAGAGAUUCACAGAUGAGAAGAAGUCAUGUAUCCAUUUUGACAAAUCCUACCUAUGACUUUUGGUGUGGUGCCAGACGAAAUCGCGACCUAGGAAACCAGUCAAUGCUAUUAAUAGCAACAUAUUUUCUGCCUAACUUCAAAAAUAAGGUUUAUUGUUUUUCUAUUUGCAAUAGAAACAGAGAACUCUAGAGUCUGCAGCCGGAGAAUAUCCGAUUGUAUAAAUUAUAUUAAUACCGAAUAAAUAUAGCUAAAAAUGUGUAAAAAAAAUUUGAUCCAUAAUCGAUCCAUAAAUAUUGACAAAAUUUCCUAUAGAAAUGACAUUUAGACAAA